AUGACACCGCCGCUACCAAUAGAAUGCAUCGAGGAUAUUAUAUCCAACAUUGUAGAGGAUAAAGAUACCUUGCAUUCGUUUCUUCUUGUUAGCCGAUACUGGUGUAAACAUGUGGCACCGAUACUCUGGAAACGACCAUUCUCCCUGCUGGGUCGACCUUCCGCCCUACUGAUACGCACCUACAUCAUGUGUCUUUCCCAGGAAUCAAAGCAUCUUUUGAGUUCCCAUAAAAUCGAUCUGAAUUUUGCGAAUAAAUGUGGAGUUCCGUAUUUCGACUAUGCGACUUUUCUUCGUGUUCUCGAUUAUAGAGGUCUCUGUUGUUCGAUUUUCCAAUGGUUAAGUCUUCAUAAGGAUUAUCGCUUCGACAAGCUGGUAUUUUUGUUCGCCCGGGAGUUGUGUAAAUUGUUCAUGAGUCGAUGCUCAAGCUUUGAUGGCCUCUAUAUGGAUACUCGAGGUAUGGACACGUGGGAACUUCAGAUGGACUACCUGUUGAUACCUUGUCUUCCCGGUGCGGAAAUGUGUCUGGCAAAACUAGAGCAUUUCACCUGCGGUGGAAAUUAUAACGGUAGUGAGAUGUUAUGCGCACUAUCUAAAGUAUGCAAAAAUAUCAGGAAAUUGGAUAUUUAUAAUUCUAACAAUUUCGAACCGAUGGGAGGAUACCUUGCGAUGUUAGUAGAAGCUCAAAAAGGUCUAGAACGCUUCACUCUGAUCGGAUAUUAUUGUUUAAUUUCCGAUGUAGUCCUUGCGCUAAACACACAAUCCCGAUCGUUGACUUACGUCGAACUAACGAUAAACGAUUUUUUCGAGGACGAUCUAUCACUCAGCUCGCUGGCAAACUGUAAGAACUUGGAAACUCUGAUAUUUGAUGAUUGUGUUAAUCUCACCACACAAAAAAUGCUGCCACUGAUGAAUGCAAGACUGCCGCAUAUUAAAACUAUUGUUUUUACUCGUACUGAUGCAGAACCAAAGGAUGUGAUCAGUUUUAUUGUGAGCAACCAUGAAAGUGUACAAAAUGUUUCAGUAAUGUUUACAGAGAGGGAUGAGAUUUCGCAACUUUAUAAGAUGCUCAGUGCAUGUGUGCAGCUAGAGAAGUUGAUCAUCUCUGGAUGGAGAUUAAAUGUGGAUGAGUUCUUGGGAGAGAUCGGAAAGUUAUUGCCUUUGAAAUUAAAAUAUCUCAAUAUUACGGCAGAGUGGAAGUUUCAGCCCGCGUCUUUGAAAAAAUGUUUGGAAAACUGUAAAUCACCGUUGGAAUAUUUUGGAUUGCCUCUUUGCGAAUGUUUGAAGGACGAGCACUUGGACAUUAUUGUAGAGUAUUUAAGGAGGAAAACGACGAUGUUAAAGUGUUUGAGGAUAUUUGAUGCAGGGAAGAAGAUUGAGCAGGGAGUGAAAAGGGUUAGCAAGUUCGUUGACGAGGUGGAACUUGUGAAUCCUGAUGAACAUGUCCUUAGCACUUUUAGUGAUUAG